GUCACUGAUGUUGCUGAUGCAAUGAUCUUGAAGAGACUUUUCUCAGAGCUAUUUGAAAAUGGUGUCAUAGUUGUUGCAACAUCAAAUAGACAACCAGAUGAUUUGUACAAGAAUGGGCUUCAAAGAGGCACUUUUCUGCCAUUUAUUGGCAUGCUGAAGGAAUACUGCGAUGUUGUACCUUUAAAUUCUGGUAUUGACUACAGAAUGGCUGGCUUGCCAUCUGAAGGACAAGUCUAUUUUGUAGGCACACAAGAAGAGACAAAUCGUCUCAUUGAUGACAUUGUUAGGCAGUUUGUUCAAACUCAAGGAAUUGAAAUUGAGCCAAGAACGCUAAUUGUUCUUGGACACCAGCUUCAUCUACCAGUAACUUAUGGCAGAGUUCUGGAUACUACUUUUGAUGAUUUAUGCAAGAAGAAUCUUGGUGCUGUUGACUAUUUGGAAAUCUGCCGAGAAUUUGAUUUAGUUGUUCUACGAGGUGUGCCAAAGAUGAACCUCAACUGUAGGACAGAGGCAAGAAGGUUUAUCACUCUCAUUGACACACUGUAUGACAAUAAGGUAAAACUUCUGAUGGGAGCUGCUUGUGUCCCAAAGGACUUGUUUAGUGCUGGAGACUUGAGCUUCACCGAUGCAGAGGCCAACAGAGCUUUGAUGGAUGAUUUAGGAAUCAGUGCGGGGUCUGAAUUAGCCAAGUCGAACAUUUUUACAGGAGAAGAUGAAAUAUUUGCUUUUGAGCGCAUUAUCUCUCGGCUUACAGAGAUGCAGACAAAAGAAUACUGGGAAAGCAAAAGGUCUAAAAUUGGCAUACACUGA